AUGUACUUUCCCUCGUUCAUUACCAUCCUAGCUGUGGCUUCCGUCGUGGAGAGCUCACCCCCGCCACUACGUCGCUCAACGGCGACACUUCCAGUCAUUAAUACCACCCAGGGCCAACUCCAGGGCGCCAUCUCCAACUACCGCUCUGGCGCUACUGUUUACAAAGGCAUUCCCUUCGCGGCCCCACCAACAGGCGAUCUUCGCUGGAGAGCACCGCAGAGCCCAGCGGCAUGGGACGGCAUUUUCAACGCAACGGAGUUUGGACCGCAAUGUGCCCAGCAAACCAGCUCUGCCGGCGUGUUCGUCACUGGCGAGUCCACUACCAGCGAGGACUGCCUGACCCUUAACGUCUGGACUCCGACUUACAAUGACACUUCGGAUUUGGCCUCCAAGCAACUCCCCGUCUACGUCUGGCUCUUCGGCGGCCGAUUCUCGAUUGGGUCAGGGGACGUGAAGACGUACGACGGCUCCGGGCUUGCCGUGAAGGACAUCAUCGUCGUGACGCUCAACUAUCGCCUAGGUGCCUUCGGCUUCCUCGCCCAUCCGGAGCUUUCCGCCGAAUCUGGUCACAACAGCUCCGGGAACUACGGUCUCCUUGACCAGCAAUUCGCCCUCCGCUGGGUGCAGGAUAACAUCGCCAACUUUGGUGGAAACCCGAACCAAGUUGUUGUCGGCGGGCAAUCGGCGGGUUCGGCCAGCUCAUUGGCUGUCAUGUACAGCUCGCUCACCACGGGGCUCAUAAAUGGUGUGAUCGCUGAGUCUGGGGCCCGCGCUCCGCACGAUCCUCUGACUGGUAGUUUGGCCACAAGCCACCGCGACAAGACGACUGCCGAGGCGUCUGGAGUUGACUUCCUGCAGGACUCGCUCAACGUUUCCUCCAUCGCCGAGGCGCGCAACAUAUCGACAGAGACACUCGUUGAGUACGGCAGUCUCGGUGACACGAUUUUCGAUGGCACCGUGUACGCCAACUUGUCGGCUGCCUUCAUGAAUCCACCCCUCUGGCGGCCCGUCAUCGAUGGAUACGUGCUGUCGUAUACCUACGGCGAGUCACUACGCCGGGGUGCGCACCUUGACGUGCCCAUCCUGACUGGAUCCAACCGUGACGAGUCUGGUGCGAGUUUGCCAGUGACCAACUACACUGUGGCUGAGUAUACCGAGGCCUUCAGUUCCAUAUUUCAGAACUUCUCAACCCAGUUUUUGGAACUCUACCCACCAAUCAAUGACACCGCCGCGGGCCUAGAGUCCAACAACUUCUUCCGUGACCUUUCUCGGGUGUCGGGUUGGACUUGGGCCAACGAAUGGGUGGCCGGCGGUGCGCAAAGCGACGUUUAUACAUACUGCUGGGCGCACACGCCUCCAGAUGACAGCGACCGCGGAGCUUACCACGGGUCGGAGCUAUGGUAUGUGUUCAACAACAUCCCGUAUGCGUCUGUAGACAACGUAACUUGGAGCUCCGAGGACUACAGUAUCGAGGCUGUGAUGUCUGAGUACUGGGUCAACUUCAUUCGCACAGGAAACCCGAACGGAGACGGACAAGUGACGAGCCAGAAUUUGACGUACUUCCCGCCGUCGACAACUGCUGGGAAGCAAACAAUGUGGUUGGGUGAUUCGUGGGGUGCUGGGAACUUGACCAACACCGAAGAGAAGCGCGAGUUCCUGGUGGAUUGGAUGAACACGCUCUACGAGUGGUAA